GAUCCGUGUGCUGCGCUCGGGUUCAGUCCGGUGAGUCACCGAGCGCGCGGGAGUGCGGAUAGCGGCGAAAAGAGAGCCGAAACACCGAAGAGCUCGAGCAUGGCGGUCGAGGAGGAAGGGCUGCGGGUUUUCCAGAGCGUCAAAAUUAAAAUCGGUGAAGCUAAAAACAUUCCUCCAUAUCCGGGUCCAAAUAAAAUGCGGGAUUGUUACUGCACCGUCAACUUGGACCAGGAGGAAGUUUUCAGAACCAAAACCAUAGAGAAGUCUUUAUGUCCUUUCUACGGUGAAGACUUCUAUUGUGAAAUCCCACGCAGUUUUCGUCAUCUGUCUUUCUACAUUUUUGACAGAGAUGUGUUCAGGAGGGACUCCAGCAUCGGUAAAGUAGCAGUGAAGAAGGAAGAUCUGCAAAAAUACCACGGUAAAGACCACUGGUUCCCACUGCAACCUGUCAGUGCUGAUUCAGAAGUUCAGGGAAAAGUUCACCUGGAGCUGCGUCUCAGUGAGGUCAUCACCGACAGCGGAGUCGUCUGCCACAAGCUGGCAACACGGGUUUUGGAGUGUCAGGAUCUGCCGAUAGUGAACGGUCAAUGUGACCCGUAUGCAGCCGUGUCAUUACUCGGCCCUUCCAGGUCAGAUGCCAAGAAGACUAAAGUCAAACGUAAAAACAACAAUCCUCAGUUUGAUGAGAUCUUCUUCUUUGAGGUGACCAAACCGCUCAGCUACACCAAACGCCAGUUUGAUGUUGAAGAAGAUGAUGUGGAUAAACUUGCGCUCAAGGUGGAUCUGUGGACCGCCAGCAACCUGAAAUUUGGAGAUGAGUUUCUGGGAGAGGUACGAGUACCACUGAAGGUACUGGGACAGUCGGGCGUUCACGACGCAUGGUACUUCCUUCAGCCCAGAGAUAACGGUAACAAGUCAGUUAAAGCUGAUGAGCUGGGCUCACUAAGACUCAACAUCAUUUACACAGAGGAUCACGUGUUUCCUACCGAACAUUAUAAUCCUCUCAGAGACCUGCUGCUGCAUUCUGCACACGUCGAGCCCGUCUCUGCGUCUGCUGCGCACAUUUUGGGCGAGGUGUGCCGAGAGAAACAGGAAGCGGCCGUCCCUCUGGUCCGACUCUUCCUGCACUACGGAAAAAUUGUGCCUUUCCUCAGUGCCAUUGCACAUGCAGAGAUCAACCGCACACAGGAUCCAAACACCAUCUUCAGAGGAAACUCCCUCACAUCUAAAUGCAUCGAUGAGACCAUGAAACUGGCUGGGAUGCAUUACCUGCAGGUCACCCUAAAGCCUGUGAUUGAUGAAAUUUGUACUGACCACAAACCAUGUGAGAUUGAUCCUGUCAAGCUGAAAGAGUCUGAGAAUCUGGAUACAAACAGGGAAAACUUACGGCAUUACGUGGACCGCAUCUUUAACGUCAUCACCAGCUCAGGCGUCAGCUGCCCGACGGUCAUGUGCGAUAUCUUCUUCUCUCUACGAGAAUCUGCAGCAACACGUUUUCAGGUUGAUCCAGACGUGCGGUACACAGCUGUCAGCAGUUUUAUCUUCCUCCGGUUCUUUGCACCUGCAAUCUUGUCGCCAAAUCUUUUCCACCUGCGACCGCAUCACCCGGAUCCGUGCACAUCACGAACCCUCACUCUCAUAUCCAAAACCAUCCAGACUCUGGGAAGUCUCGCCAAGUCUAAAUCUGCAAAUUUUAAAGAGUCUUACAUGGCUGCCUUCUACGAUUAUUUCAAUGAACAAAAGUAUGCAGAUGCUGUAAAAAAUUUUUUGGAUCUGAUAUCAUCAUCGGGUCGCUGGGAUCAGAAGAGCAUUGAGACGCCCAUCAUGCUGAAAGAGGGAUUCAUGAUCAAACGCGCUCAGGGGCGAAACCGCUUCGGUCUGAAGAACUUCAAGAAGAGAUGGUUUCGUCUCACUAACCACGAGUUCACCUACCAUAAAGCCAAAGGUAAUUCAAGAGGAGAUGGCGCUCUCUGCAGUAUUCCUAUAGAAAACAUUCUGGCUGUAGAGAGACUGGAGGAAGAGUCCUUUAAAAUGAAAAAUAUGUUUCAGGUCAUCCAGCCAGAGAGGGCGCUCUACAUCCAGGCCAAUAACUGUGUGGAGGCCCGUGACUGGAUCGAUAUCUUGACUAAAGUCAGUCAGUGUAACCGCAAGCGUCUGAGCACCUAUCAUCCGUCUGCUUACCUCAACGGCCAUUGGCUCUGCUGCAAGAUGUCUGCAGACGCAGCGCCCGGCUGUACACCCUGCACGGGUGGUCUUCCUGCAAACAUUCAGCUGGAUGUGGAUGGAGAUCGAGAGACUGAGAGGAUUUAUUCACUCUUUAACACGUAUAUGUCUAAACUAGUGAAGAUGCAGGAGGCGUGUGGCAGUAAAUCAGUGUACGAUGGGCCCGAGCAGGAGGAAUACUCCACGUUUGUGAUCGAUGACCCGCAGGAGACGUACAAAACUCUGAGACUCGUCAUUUCAGCCGUUCAGACGCUGGAGCAGCAGCACAUGCAAUAUAAACGAGACAAGUUUAGAAAGACCAAGUAUGGCAGCCAGGAGCAUCCAAUCGGUGAUCAGAGUUUCCAGUGUUAUGUACGACAACAUUCAGAAAGCACCACAUACUCCAUCUGAGCCGUCAGUGAUCUUCACAGUGACAUCACAGAUACAGGACACUUCUGACAGCUGUGAUUGAUUGACAGCGAGAGAAAUCUCUGCAGUUUUAUAUCACAGCAGCUUUCUCCGUGACAGAGGCACUUUAUACGUCACAUGAUCCUGUGGACGCCUCACUUUAACAGAAGAAGACCAGAAGAAAAGCUCUGGAUGUUUUUAUGAACUGAGUACUCAGUUUUACUGUAAGUCUUCAGGACUAAACAUCAGCUCCCAGAAUGCUUUGCUGUCAGAUGGAAAAUCUGAUGGAGACUUGAGAUUGAAUCUCAGAUAUUUACUGUAAUCAAUGUUUAUAACUCAUAUAAUGAGAUUAAUACUUCGUUCAGACACUUCAGUAUUGUUUUGUCCCUUUUCAAGCCCCUCCCACUGAUGUUACAUGUCAGCCAAUCAUCACGCCAGAUAAAGAAAUGCUGCAUUAUGGGAAAUGUAGUUUUGUGUAUUGGAGUAUGUGGUGUGACACUAAGAGUUGAUUAGUUUCUCAUUGCUUCAGCUUUCUUUAAUCAAAUCAUGGGUUAGGUUAUAGUUAUGUAACCUGUUGAAAACCCAACCUAACUACCUUUGUAUAAGCAGAUGAUGGGUUACGUCUCUGUGUUUGUUGUGUGUUGUAGGUUCUCCUUUAUCUCUGCGUGUGUGUUCAUCAAUGAUAAAUAUUUGAUGACCUGUCAAGAUGAGUUCAGCUCAAAAUCAAAAAAGAAAAGUAUAGUUUGGAUAUAGAAAACGUUUUUUUAAAGACAGUUCUUUACUAGAUUUUCAUAAUAAUGAAACAGAUUUACCCAAAAUUUUCAGUAUUGUUAUGCAAUAAAGCGGUUUAUGACUGUAAUGCAUAAACAGUAAUACAUUGUUAAAGUAGGGUGGCCAUUCGUGCCAGUUCCGCCAGACACGUCCUGAACAUGUUUUCGGGUUCGUUCUCCGGAAGUCGCGUUGCUCGACCACAUACGUCAUCAUCGAGGUUCUCACAUUUCAGUUAAAUACAUUAGAAAAUUAAGGUUUAUUUAUUUUAAGACAUACAAUCAUUGUAGUUUCAUUCUUACCUUGAAAUGUAACGGUUGCUUUUCUGAAAUUAAACCCGAAAUAUUGAACCUUGAUGACGUAUGCGGUCGACCAACGUGACUUCCGGAGAACGAACCCGAAAACAUGUUCAGGACGUGUCUGGCGGAACUGGCACGAAUGGCCACCCUAUGUUAAAGUGUUAGCUCAUCUGGUAAAGCAGUGUGCUUGCAACAACAGGGUUGUGGGUUCAAUUCCCAGUAAAUCAAAACUGAUAGUGCCGUACUUCUUUUUAUUGAUUUUGAUUUAAUCAUGGUAUUAGAUGACUUUUUAUAGUAAUACAGUAUUUUUAUGCAAUAUUUUUUGUUUUACAAAAAUGAGAAUGGCAAAUAUAAAUAGAAUGACAGAAAACCCUUUCAGAAUGAAAAUGUCUGAACGUCGGUCAUUAUGCAGUCCAGGCUUUAUUUUCUUUAUGCAAAAUAGAAAUGAUUUAUUUAUAGUUUCAUAUUUAUAUUUGAGUGAAAUAUAACCCAGAUAGAUUUGUUCACACUGUCAGUCCAAAUCCGAUUGAAAUCCAAUCACAUUUAGAACGUGUGAACGGCCAAAAACAACACUUUUUUUAAUGCGUUUCGGGAGUGUUUCCAGCUUUUGUGUCCAUACACAUUUCUGAUGUACAUAUAUGUUAACAUACAGUCAUGUGAUGCAUGUUUUAUUGAUGUGGUCUUCAUUUUAGUACGGUCCAUAUUUUCUUCCCAAAAUGAAAACCUAUUUAUUUUUAUAUCACAGAAUGAUGCUUUUGUGGUUUUAAAACUCCAGACGCACAGUACAAAUGAAUAAUGCAAUAAUGAUCUUUUUUUGUUAAAUCUUAGAUUAAGAAACUAUUCAAUGUAAAUGUGUGAUGAUGAUGAUGAUGAUGUGUACAGAACUAAAGGUUUGAUCUGUGGAUCCAAAUGAAGGCAAUAGCAAACUAAUAAUAUCUGUGUUUGACUUAUUUUCCAUUGUGUUAAAAAAGAGAUUCAGAAAGUCAUUAAAAAUAUUGAGUUGUUUAAUGUUAUUUGGUCAUAUUGACUGUUCAGAUGAUCAUUGUUAUGGCUUUCUUAUGUAAAUGUUCAUUUGUCUCAGAUGUUUCUUUUAAAUCGUAGCAAUAAAACAAAGUUCAGAUGA